AUGUAUUUCACGGCUACGUUUUUAACUUACAUUUCUCACGUUUCCUCGAUUUAUUAUAACCAUUCGCUAUACGUUCCCAAAUACUACGAUUUUCUGGAAACGCAGACGAAUCUUACAAAAAAUUUGUUCAGUGGCUACGAUGCAACAAUUUCACCGGUUUAUACUAAAGUUGAUCCAACACAGCCUCUUGGACACGAUCCAGACGCCCCGGGACGGUGGAACUACACACUUUUAUUAUUUUCGCUGAAAUUGGUAGAAGUUACAGAGCCCCAAGAGAAAGUUUCAGUAGUCAUGGAAGUUAUGGAGUAUUGGUUUGAUGCAAGGCUUACUUGGAAUAAAGAAGAUUACGACGAUAUCGCAUCAAUAUAUACCCGACAAGCAAAUGUUUGGAGCCCUACUUUAUCUGCAUUCGGCGUAAGCGAGCUAGUUGAUUUACGGGAUACAGACUUCCGCCUUGUUGGGAUCACAAGUUAUGGCAUGGUUAACACUUAUGUUUCCGUUCUUGUAUCUGCAAACUGUCCUAUGGAUGUUUACAAGUUUCCAUUCGAUUACCAAACUUGCCAGAUUAGAUUUUGUAUUCCUGUUUUCACUAGUUAUGAAGUUGAAAUAUUCAAUGAGAUUUAUGCAGGUGUGCUUACAUCAAAUGCGUGGAAAACUAUGGGAAACUCAGAAUGGAACCUUGUAAAUUUAACACAUCGAGUUGAAACUUUAAAGUAUGAUGAUGGAUUUGCAAAUCUUGAUUUGGGUACUUUUGAAAUCAAAAUAAGGAGAAACCCACUUUACUACAUAUAUAUGAUUAUCUUUCCAUCCUUCAUUAUUAAUGUUGUUUCUAUUAUUGGAGUUUUUCUUAAGGGCGCUGAUAAAAUGUCGAAGCUCAACGUGGGUCUUACUAACAUCAUGACGAUGACUUUCAUACUGGGCGUCAUGGCGGACAAAAUUCCUCGCACAGGAACAAUCCCACUUCUUGGUGUCUACAUUAUUACAAAUCUUGUCAUUAUGCUGAUUGCAAUUGGAAUUGUGACAGUGAUCAAUGAGUUGCGGAGGUGUGCAUCUCCAGUUUUGAAACGGAAGCAAACGAAGUUAAGCAGAAAACUAGAGUCUUUUAUCGGGACACCGCUCGAGUACACCUGCGCCGCAAUUCUCGAACUACUGACAUUUGCCAAUUUUGCUAUAAUGAUUGGAUUCUGGCUGGGAGACUAA